AUGGACGUUAACAGCAAGAGAAAGAGCAUUUACUGCUACAAGGAUCGGAGCCAAAACAACCUCAGCGGCAGAAGCUCCCAGGAAAGCCUUUCAAGUUUGGGGGACUACUUAAGUAAUCAUCCAAGUAGCAAAGGGGGCAAAAUAAAUUUCAUGAAAAACUACUUUUGGUUUUUUCAAAGUAAUAAUAAUUCUAAAAAGAAUUCGCACGAUUCCAUUUUUUACGAAAUUAAAAGUUCGGAUGGAAAUAGAGCGAGCAGUCAUCAGUUAGGUGCAGACGUGGAAGCAGAUGCGGAAGCAGGCAGCCAACGUGUGGUAGGGAAUAGCAACCAUUGGGGGGAUUCCAAUGGGGACCCACUCGGGGAGACAAACGAAGAAGCCAAAGGGGUGUACUCCAGGAAGUCCUUCUACUCUAUUUACGAUUACACGGACGAGAGUGACUACAACACGUUGAGGGAGAACGAGCGAGAUGACUUGCUCUGCCAGCAGAAGACCUUCGAGCCGGUCGCCAGUGACAGGUGCCCCAACAGGGAGAGCGCCCGCAACUACAUGCAUGUGUACGACACGGACAGUUCGCGCAGCGACGGCAGCGAUGGGGGGAGCAGCGGGGGGAGCAGCGGCGGGAGUAGCGGUGGGAGAAGUGAUGGGGGAAGCGAUGUGAACAGCGAUGGGAGCAACAAAAACAGCCAUGGAAGCAUCGAUCGGAGCAGCGAUCGGAGCAGCUAUGGGAACGGCGGGGGACACAAAGCGCUCCCCGCUCGAACGGAACGAGGCCAGGCCAAGCAGAGCCCCCAAAAGAGAGACAAGAAAAAAAGAGCAGAAUGGACACCCCAGAAAAGAAUGGAACACCUACUAAACAGCUACAAAAUAAAAAAAGGAAAAACAAAAAUGCAAUACGUAGGAAUAUCAGCCAUCCUAAAGAAAUAUAUAUACAUUACAAAGAACGAAAAAAUGCUAUUUUUUAAAAAAAAAUUGAAUAAGAAGAAAAUCCUUUUGAGGAGCAAAAUUAAGAAGCGGUACAACCGCUGUAGCACAUUUUACCAUUUGCAGAAGAAGCAAACAAAUGCAGUGGGGAGGAAAAAAAAAAAAAUGAACAAGUGCCAUUUCUUCAGGUACCUUUACUGCUGCAUGCUAAAGAAGAAGCUGCAGAUUUUCUACAAGGCGAGAAAAUUGAAACGGCUCAUGAGGUACGUGUCCAGUCAGGGCUGGAGGCGGUCUUACGUGAGUCAGUUCGGCGCGGGCAGUUCCAUCGACGCGCUAAGGGGAGCAGCCGAAGCGGCGGAUGCAGGCACGGUCGCAGAUGAAGAAGCAUAUGCAGAUGAAGAUGCAUAUGCAGAUGAAGAAGCAUAUGCAGAUGAAGAUGCAUAUGCAGACUCAGCCGCAAACUCAGACGCAGCCGCAUCAGUAUCCGCAUCCCAAGGGGAAAGCACUUCGAACCCCUCUGCGGCGCCCCCUUCCCAUAGCGACACCAACAAGGCGGAGGGAUUUGUGUCCGUGCGCAGCUGCCCCAAGAGCCCCCCCCGGGAUGCGCAAGGUUCCUCCAUGCACCGACUCAGCAGCGGGAGGAGCACUCCAAACACGGAAGGGCACCAAUUGAAAUAUAAAAAGAAAGACACAGCAUAUGCAGACGUGGAGAGCUACUCCAGUGUGUACAUAGAAAACCCUCAGGAAAACAAAAAAGGGAAUUACAAAAUGGAAAAGGAACCAAAUCGCUACGAAGAAGUGAUAAGACAAAGCCAUACCAGUGAUAAACUUACAAAUGGCAUAAAAAACAUGCCAACGUAUGACUGCCAUAGGAAUGAGGAGGAAGAAAUCUCCAUCUGUGCCAGCUGCAAAGAUGCAUACAUUGAUCAUGUGAAAGAUAGAAGAGAGGAAAGAAAAAGAGAUAAUUACAUUCUCUCGGAGGAGAUAAUAACCUUAAAAGGAAUUGUCCUAUCGAAAAGGGAAGAAAGCCUUUCCGAUGUUCAGCCGCAAGAGAUAAACAACGUGAAUGACUUGGCCAUCUACCAAAACAGCCACAGCGAUGUGGGAGGAAAUCCAAACGGUAGUGAUUGCCAACAGGAGAGCUUCAAAAUGGACUCCGUUAUAGACAGGGAGGUGCCCUCCCCAGGCGAAAUGAGCGGUAGCGCCUCCAGUGAGGGCUUUGAAAAGGCGAGUUUUCGUUCCGGUCGGGGAGAGUGCACUGCUGAAAUGGAAGGGGCUAUUGAAGGCUGCUGUGCCUUCAGCGGGGAGGAAGACACCGUUAAGGGUAAAGGGAGUAGCGAAAGUGGCAGUGCAUUCAAUGGGGAACAAAGUAGCGUGAAAGGGAAAGGAAGUAGCGAAAGUGGCAGUGCAUUCAAUGAGGAACGAAGUAGCGAAGAAGGCAGUGGUCCCAGUGAGGAGGAAGCCAUUUCGAGGAGGAGCGCUCGCAGCGAAAGUGGCAGUAGCUUAUGCGAGGGGGACGACGCGAGCGGAAGCAGCAGGAGCGGAAGCAUUUCCCUGAGCAGCAGCAGCAGUAGUAAGGCGAGCUACGACGUCAGCAUAGCGUACAUCGAAUCCUCCUUUAUGGAGGAAAUCCACCGUGGAGGUAGCAACGGGGGUAUCCACGGGGGCAGUCACGGAGGUAUCCACGAAGGUAUUCACGAAUGUAGCAACGGAAGUAGCGGAGGUAGUCACGAAAACGGUAGCAGCGGAGGCAGCCGCGAAUAUAGCCGCGGCUCCAACUGUAGCCUAAGCAUAUGCCAAAUUCGAUCGCAGACAAACAGCCAAAAUGACCCUGGGGAGGAUGGACCAAGUGACGCUUCAGUCAUAAUAGAAGAGUCCAACCAACGUGAAGAAAAGAAAGAGGAAUCCCCCUCGGGAAGUGCAAUUAGCAGGGAAAGUUUUAUCGGCAUGAUAAAUUUUGGGACAGAGGAAAAUGUGCACUUGGCGGGUCGUCUCCACGUGGAAAAGGAGGUGCAAGAUGGGGGGAAAGGCGCACUUCAAGAGGAAGUAGAAGUGGAAGAAGAAGCAGAGGUAGAACCAAAAGAGGUGCUUGAAGAGGAAGAAGUAGAUGUAGAAUCCAAAGAGUCACCUGAAGUAGAAAUCGAAGAAGAGGUAGAUAUAGAACCCAAAAUGGUGCUUGAUGAGGAAGAGGUAGAUGUAGAUUCCAAAGAGUCACUUGAAGAGGAGGUAGCAGAGGUAGAAUCCAAAGAGGUGCUGGAAGAGGAAGAGGUGGAUGUAGAAUCCAAAGAGUCACUUGAAGUAGAAGUGGAAGAAGAAGCAGAUGCAGAAUCCAAAGAGUCACUUGAAGAGGAAGAGGUGGAUGCAGAAUCCAAAGAGUCACUUGAAGAGGAAGAGGUGGAUGUAGAAUCCAAAGAGUCACUUGAAGAGGAAGUGGAGGAAGAGGUAGAUGUAGAUUCCAAAGAGUCACUUGAAGUAGAAAUGGACGACGAAGUAAAUGCAGAAUCCAAAGAGUCACUUGAUGAGAAAGAGGUAGAUGUAGAUUCCAAAGAGUCACUUGAAGAGGAGGUAGCAGAGGUAGAAUCCAAAGAGGUGCUGGAAGAGGAAGUAGAAGAUGUAGAACCCGAAGAGUCACUUGAAGUAGUUGCAGAACCCCAAAAAACCAGUGAAGCAGAACCGCGCGAUACGCGCAAAGUUGUUAACUCCGAGGAGGAAAUUCAAAACAGCAUGGAAAUGGAAAUAAGAAAAAGCAUCGAAGAGAUAUUCAAGACGGUCAUAGACAAUGACCUUCUCACGGCGGGUUCCGAAAUUAAAAAGUUCGAUGCGUGCUGGGAUGCGGGGGGAACAAUAGGAGACGAGAGGGACAGCCUUAAAGGGGAGGUGGCGGACGAGGUGGGUGGCAAGUCAGAUGGCCAGCAGGGGGAAGCGGAAAAUGAGGAACAGGGAGAAGCGAGCGAAGAGGAACAUGAAGAAGCGAGUGAUGAGGAACAGGUAGAAACGAGUGAAGAAGAACAGGGAAAAGAGAGCGAAGAAGAACAGGGAGAAACGAGCGAAGAGGAACAUGAGGAGGUGAGCGAAGAGGAACUGGUCGAACAGGAGGAACCCAGCGAAACGGCAAAUGACGAAUCUGGAGAAACGGCAAAUGACGAAUCUGGAGAAGCGGAAAAAGACGAACCUGGCGAAGCGGAAAAAGACGAACCUGGCGAAGCGGAAAUCGGCGAAUUGGAGGAGGGGGUACAAAGGGAACUGGCGUGCGAGGAAAGCGAAGCGCUAGAUGACAACGCCAACGAGGUGGUAGGUGAGGUGGAAGCCGAAGAGGCAGAAGCGGAAGACGUAGUAGCGGAGGACGUAGUAGCGGAGGACGUAGUAGCACACAACGUAGCAGCCGACGACAAAGUGCUGCUGAGAAAAAACGCCUUCUCCUUCAACACGUACAAGAACAGCGAACUCCGCUACGGGUUCAGAAUGGAAUCACUUAGCAACUUCUUCCACUCGUUUGAGAGCGUGAACAGCGAGUGCGCGGAUUUGGACUCGGGCGGGGAGGGGGAAGAAACGAAGGAGGGAGAUCAGCAGCAGGAGGAGGGAAAACAAAAGGGAACGAAAAAGGGGGCUCAACAAGCGGCUCAAAAGGGGGCUCAAAAAUCGGCGCUACAAAGAACCCCCAAACGAGAGCAAACCCCAACGAACACGCAGAGCAUGCAAAACGAGUCAGACGCAGGAGCGAACUUCAAACUGAACGUGCAGACGUCGGAAGAGGCCCACCAACUGUACUCACAUCUGCAGAACCGUAUCAUGCGGGACUUUAAAAGAGGGUGUCUGAAGAAAAUGAAGAAACUGUUUAACAAGAAGUACAAGCAAAUGGAAAAGGACAUUUCGGACAAUAUCAAAACGAUCGUGCACAACUUUAACAGUCGAGAUGAAGCCCUCGAGGGGGGGGAUCAGUCUGACCCUAACUUGAAGAGCGCGCGGAGGAAGCCCCGAAAGAAGCACCCAAAGAAGCAUCGAAAGAAGGGUAGGAAAUCCCGCCUAACGAAUGUACACACCGAUGGGCACUGGGCGCAAAGGGGCAGAAGCCUUGGCGCGAAGGAAGAGACAGCGCUGUCCGUUGAUAGUUCUGCCGGUGGUUCUCCUAACUCCUCCAUCGGCACGGAUAAAGGUCUUCAUAUUGGCGAGACAAACAGGGAUGGGCACACACUGCAUGCAGUUUUGAAUGAGAGCGAUCGAAAGGACAGCUCAAGCGGAGAGGUGCUCAGGGGCGACGAGGCGCAGGUGGGAACCCCCAAGCGGGACAUCCGUGGUAGUCAGGACAGCUUGCGCGGAACACAUUCGAAGGUGAAGCAGCAAACACAGCAGGAUAUGCAGACGCAGCGUGAUAUGCAGACGGAGCAGGCUCAUCAACAAGUGGCGCACGCUCCCCAGGGGGGUAAGAACAACCCCCUAUCGCUCAACAGUGGAGACGAAUCAUUCGAACGGGAAGACCACCGCGCAAGCGCACAUCACCAGAGUAACCAACUGGAGCUGGGCCUUUCCACCACCAAUGACUCCAUGGACCGGACGCAAAAAUACUUCCUGCAGAAAUUAAAUUGCGAAAAAAUAUGCCUAGUGACGAACGAACUGGGGAACAAGAGCAAAUUAUUUAAUCGCAUAAACGACCUGACGAAGAAGUGCAUCGCGGACGUCUUCAUCCAGAGGAUAAACAGCAUUCGUAGGGGUCACCCCCUGUGGGCUGGUACCACAGCGGAGGGAAAAACACCCACGGGGGGUAGUCCCCUCAGGGAGACCAAAUUAGGAGAUAACCAUACGAUGCUGCUUCCUCACCAGGAUGGCAACGUGCAAAGCGUACAUCAGUCAGACAAGGCAGAGGAGAGCAACCCAAAUGAGUACCCCCUUGAGAGAUAUGAAGCGAAACCGAAAGGGGAGGACCACACACAAUUGGGAAUGAAUAAAAGGUCCAAGCAGAUCCAUCCCUUUAACAAUUGCAACGAAAUGAAACUACACUCACGUGAGCAGAAGCUCAAGCGGGUGGCCUUCCUAAACUACGUGAAGCAGAAGUUAAGCAAAUCGAAGAGGAAUGAAAAGCGCUUAAGUGCCAAACGGGUUAUAAAAUGUUACCGCCCAUGUAGAGGAAGCAACGUGCCGCAUGUGUGUUCUCCGGGAAAGCACCCUAAUAAGGGAAGCCUCAUCACUCAUGGGGGGAUUAGCAACGUACGCGGUGUUAAUCAUGUUUAUUACCUCCAACGUGAGGAUGCCUACCAGAAAAAGGGACCCUAUAAACAACAAGCAGGUGGAAAACUCGUCCAACUGUAUUUCCCCCACUCGGAAAGUACCAACAGGGGUAGAGUGCCGAAGAACCUGUGCAUCACCCCCAAUGUAAUUUUAAAGGGCAAUCAUAGCAACGUCCCAUGUAUGGUGAAGAAGUGCCCUGAUGGGAAACUCGUCCCAUAUAUAGCGAACCAGCAGAAUGGACAGCAGGUACAUGCACAGUGGGGGUACUACCCCCUUGGCGGGGGAAGCACUACCAGCAUGACUACCAACAUGACGACCAAGAUGACUACCAACAUGACGACCAAGAUGACUACCAACGUGACUACCAACGUGCCUACCAACAAGAUGAAUAACCAUCACAUUUGCCUCCGCAGAACGGAUGGAAAUCGCCUGAAUGGUUACUACGUUCACUCGGGAGACUCACUCGAGGGGGCUCCGUCAAACGAGUGGACUUACCACUUCGCGUUCCUGCAGAACAGACUCCGAUGCAAAGCUGCAAGUGGGGAGUUGCCAAACGGGAAGGUUAAAAUGUGCGUCAAUAAAAACAGCCACACGAUCAACAAGUAUAGGCGGUGCAACAGGAGAGAGAAAUGCGGCGCGUGCAGGGAGAACCACGUAGGACCCGGGGGGCACCUCAGGGGGGCGGUCAACCAUAGCGGAGCCGCCAACCACCGCGAAGCGGCCAACCACAGCGAAGCGGCCAACCACAGCGAAGCGGCCAACCACAGCGAAGCGGCCAACCACCACACAUGGGGGGCACAUCCGGACGCGCCUUCUUCCGAGAGCAAACACGCACACACCGCGGCGAAGCUUCACUGCGCGAAUAGCCAAAGGGUAAAUAAUUUGAAGGCCAGUAGAGGCGCGGCAAUUUUCCUCGGCCACGCUGAUGUGAGGCACCAAAUGGGUGGAAACGCGGGGGGAGCAAACCGGGUGGUCCUCGUGGAUUAUAAGAAUGGCUCCUUGGGGGGGAAGGGUGCGAGGGGGUCAAGUCAGGAAAGUCCUGAAGGACAGAUGCGCCGAUUGCUCCAAGCGGGCCAGGCGACCAAACUUGGAAUGCCAGCCAGGAAGGUGUCUCCUCUCCAUAUGGGAAUUCCAACCGGGAAGGUGUCUCCCCCCCAAAGGGGAAUGCCAACCAGGCAGGUAUCACUCCCCCCGGAGCGCACCCUCCGCACCCUCCGCAAGGGGAACUUCCCCACGAGCGAAAUGGAUGGAACCACCAGCUUCUACACCCAGUCGAAGCUGUACAAAGACACGACGCUCAAAACGAAGAAAAAAAAAAGCAACCUCUUCACCGUAAAUCACAACAUGCUGCAGACGCCCCACCAGUAUGAUUCCCAGAGGGAGCGAAAAAUAUGCUGCAGCAUGGGCGAGGGAAUUUUUUGCACAAACACUUGGCACGCGGAUGAACCUGACUCGAAGAAUUGCAUUUUAAAAAACAUAUGCGGUGCAUAUGGCUAUAGCGAUCAGGGCGCUACAAAAAGGGCAAAAAAUGAGAUUAACUCGUUCAACGGGAUUGCAUCGCUCAGCGAGAUUGGCUCACACAACGCGACUGCCUCCCACAACGCACACAAAUACCACGUGAAGGUAAAAAAAAUUUGCCCCAGCCAGCGAAAUCAGGAGGGACACACGUGGGGAGACGAGGGCGGCUUCAAAAACGUCCUCUUUUGCAACGCGCAUGACACGAAUUUUAAAAAAAUGGGGCUCAAAAAUAGGAACAUUGAAAGCUUCCACAUUUGCUCCAUUAACUCCUCGCGCUUGGACGAAUUCCCAAAUGUGAACUACCGCCAUCGGAUGGAGAACAUCUGCAUAUUCCGGGACUUCUGA